AAUCUGAUGUACCAGCGACUCAAGUCAACACGGCCCAUCGACCUUCUUUAGUUGUUCAAGAAGAUGAUGGAUUUAUUAAUGACAAUGAAGAUGAUAUGGCAGACAGUGUAGAAGAAGCAGAAGAUGAGGAUGAAUUAAUUGUCGACCUUAGUGAUGAUAAUACUGAUGAUGUGUGCCCGAUAGAUGUUGAUGUAAUUAGUGAGGAUAGUGACUAUUCUACUUAGUUUUGUAUCUAGUGUUCAAUGUAUUAUACAUAUUGAGAAAUAAAAAGUUCGUUUCCAAAUAGCAUGUUUCAAAUUACCUAAUCAAUUGAAAUAAUACUCAAUAAAUUAAUUAUAAAUAAUAAUUAAAUAUUAAAAUAGAUAGGUUAAAUUACUGUCGUGUUAGUAGAUGUCAGCAGAUGUGGCUAGAGCUCACGGUGGAGACGCUGGCGGUGAUCCUCCACCGGAUCCUACUAGGAUCCCGACUACAUGCGAGUCAGGAAUCCCAACUAAGAAAAAGGGUCGUGGCGCAGCUAUUGGAAAAGAUCUAGAGGAGAAGCGGCAUAAAAAUGGAAAACCACUGGAAGUAACGUUUUGCCCACGAACGUACAAGGUUGUUGGGGGCGAGCACGCUGCUUUUGUCCGCCUUGUGGGAACCCAAAUUAAAACGAAAGUUCCCGAACAUUACGGUUCAUGGGAAUUAGUGCCUAAACAAUACAAGGAUCAGGUCCUUGGCAUAAUUCAGUACUAUUAUCAAAUAGCGGGCCGCGAGGAUUUCUUAAAGUGUUUAGGUGGUAUCGAUCGAGAGAUGAAAGACCGAUAUCGUAAUAGGAAAACACUAAGACGCGAACACUUUGAGAAACACUACAAUGGACCGGAGGAUUGGGAUAAGACGAACCCGGACCUCAUUGAGUCAUGGAAGGAUUAUCAUUGGAUGAAAGCAACAAAUGAUUUCGUGAACGAUGAUGCUCGCCCAGAUUAUGAAAAACUGAAGGCUGAUCUUGAAUUACAAACUCAGCAAACAUCCACUGGUGCUUCUAAUAAUGAUAAUCCGUUAUCAGUUGAUCAGGUGGAGAUGUCGCCUGUGCCUGAUAGUGACAAUAUUUCUAAGGCUUCGUCUUCUCAACCUCCAGCUCCAACUCAUCCUUCUAUAUGUCGAAGUUUCUUUUUCCCUUGA